GUACCUUGUCUUAUCAAUCUCCUCAUCUCAUCUCCAUCACGGCCUCUCUUUUGGUGUACUUUUAUACCUGUCACCAAGAUGGGUUUCACCUUCAAGGGAUUGACUACCAGUGCAUUGGUCUCUGGCAACACCGCCAACACCAAUGCCAAUGAGAAAGAUAUUGCUGACGUGCCCGCUUCCUACCAGGGCCAUACCAGCAUGGAUGCUGCCCGCCCUGACGAGAAGGUUGGCAGCCCGAGGGAAUCUGCCAGGAGCCGAGACUCAGAUGAAGAGCUGAACAAAGUCGAUACCACCGCAGAGGCUGGUGUUCAAAGUGCGCAGGCUGCUUCGCUCUUGUGGAAGAAGCGUGACUUGAUCCUCGCGUACAUUGCCAUGUGGUUCAUCCAGUUCUUCACUGCCUACGCAUCCAGUACCUCAAGUACCCUCGGACCCUACGUCACCAGCGACUUCCAGAAGCACUCUUUGACCGCCCUGACCACCGUCAUCUCCUCCAUCGUCGGCGGUAUCUGGAAACUCCCGUAUGCCAAAAUUCUCAACAUCUGGGGCCGACCUUUCGGUCUCGGCCUGGGCGUAGCCAUCUACGUCGUCGGUCUCAUCUUGAUGGCAAGCUGCAACAACGUCAAAGCCUACUGCGCGGCACAGACCUUCUUCUACGUCGGCUCCAACAGUAUCGACUUCUUCAUCACCGUCUUCAUCGCUGAUACCUCCAAGUUGCGGAACCGAGCACUGUUCAUCGGAUAUGCGUCCUCCCCAUGGCUCAUCACUACCUGGAUCUACGGAUAUGGCAUCAAUAGCAUCACAGCGCCUGGCGGCAUUGGCUGGCGAUGGACUUUUGGUAUCUUUGCCAUCAUUGCGCCCAUCGUCACAUCACCUCUCAUGCUCCUAUUCAUCAUCUACGAAGGCAAGGCACGUAAACAGGGUCUCAUCACGCCCCGGCCCAGCCGCGGUAAUUUUGUCCAAACGCUCAAGUACUACCUCCGCGAAUUCGACGCUGUUGGUCUUCUGCUCCUCGCCGCUGGGCUUUCGCUCUUCCUGCUCGCCUUCAACAUCUACUCCUACCAGGCCAAACAAUGGGCGUCGCCUCUAAUCAUCUGCUUCCUCGUGUUCGGUGCCCUCCUUGUCGUCGCAUUCGGUCUAUGGGAGAAGUAUGGUGCACCAGUCACCUUCAUCCCAUGGCCACUGCUCAAGAACCGAACCGUCAUCUUCACCUACACCAUGGCUGGCUCCCUGUACAUCGGCUGGUACUGCUGGGACUCGUACUUCUACUCGCUUCUUAUCGUCUUGUUCGACCAGAUUCCUGUACACGCCACUUGGAUCGCCAACAUCUACACCAUGGGCAGCUGCUUCUGCUCCAUCGCUUACGGACUCUUGCUACGAUACUACGGAAAGCUCAAGAUCUACUCUCUGUUCUUGGGUGUACCUCUUACCAUGCUCGGUGUUGGUCUCAUGAUCAAGUUCCGCCAGCCCGACGAAAACAUUGGUUACAUUGUCAUGUGCAUGAUCUUCAUCGCCUUCGGUGGUGGUAUCUUGGUCAUCUCUGAGCAGACCACCCUCAUGGCUGUGUCUAAGCAACAGGACUUCCCGGCGCUCCUGGCCGUCGAGUCUAUGAUCAUCUCCAUCGGAAGCGCUAUUGGUUCCACUGUUGCGGGUGCUAUCUGGACCGGUGUCUUCCCUGCUCGUCUCAUGGCUAACCUGCCUGAGAGCGCCAUGGACAAUUUCGCCGCCAUCUACGGCGAUUUCAACGUUCAGGACAGCUACCCUGUCGGCACCCCGACUCGUGAUGCCAUCAACCUCAGCUAUGGUCAGACACAGAAGUACAUGCUCAUAUCGGCUGUUUGCGUCUAUUGCAUCACUCUUUUCAGUGUUGGCCUGUGGCAGAACGUCGAUGUCAGGACCAUGAAGCAGAGGACUAUUGGUCUGUUGUAGAUUUUCUAUGGCUUUCAACGUUCUUUCCGCAUGCAUUGCAUUGGCGGCGUCUUGUUCUCUUGAUGUUUCUUGCAUUGCAUAGCAAAAGGCUGUUGAACGAAUGUACCUCUUGCAUCUCACGAUGAUAACGGCUUCACAGUAAUGAACUAGUAGUUGUUGUUCGAAUCUGCAUCCCAUGCUUCUCACGAACACCGUGUACGCCGUAUGUAUAUGCUUGUUGUAUGCUUCCUAAAGACCUCGCCUCAUGUAUUUGGAUAUCUAAAUGGUGGUGCUUAUGACACCAGCUCUCGGAAAGAAAGCUCGGGUAUGACGCAAAAGAAUCACGCAAAUGAAUCUACAAGAAGACAACCACACUCAAAGCCAACGCAGUCAUGUACCCAAGGGUAGCAGUUAGCGAGCUGGCAGCGCCUGUCGCGCUAGUUUCUGCACUCUU